UGGACAUUUAGAAUGCUUGAAAUAUGCACAUGAAAAUAAAUGUCCAUGGAAUGAGAAAGUAACAAUAGGAGCUGCCUUUAAUGGUAAGUUAAAAAUUUUAAAAUAUGCGCACGAAAAAAAAAUGUCCAUGGAAUGAAAAAACAACGGCAGCCGCUGCUUCAAAAGGUCAUUUAAAAUGUUUAAAAUAUGCACACGAACAUGGGUGUCCAUGGAAUGAAAAUACAACGACAGCAGCUGCUGAAAAUGGUAUGUUAAAUUGUUUAAAAUAUGCUCAUACACAUAAAUGUCCAUGGAAUAAUAAUACAGCUACACUUGCUGCUGAAAAUGGCCAUUUUGAAUGUUUAAAAUACGCCAUUGAAAAUAAAUGCCCACGGAACAAAUCUUUCAUUAUUCAAGCUUCUAAUAGUAAAUGGACCAAAAUAAAGAAUUAUGCUAAAAGUUUCGAAUGUAUUGAUUUUAUUCACUUCAUUUUUAAAAAUUUUCUGGCAUUUACAUUUAUAAAGCAAUUUGUUAGCGAAAAAAUUAGAUUAUUAUAG